AAUAAUAUACAAUCGCUCGCUAUGUUACAGUCGAGAAUCGAGUGAACUUGACGAAAGUCAGAGUUUAAAAAAAAGUUGCAAUACACGAGUAACGACGGUGUUCCAUUUGAUCGAAAGUGCUUGACUGCAUAGCCUUAGUACGCGAACAAGGGGUAAGCCUAGAACAUUCGUUUACGUUUAGCAAUAGUAACAGAAUCCAAGUAACUCGAAGAAGAUUAUCGAGAUGACUGGCAGGCAAUCGUACAGCAUUGUGGAGUAUUACGCGGAACAUGAGGGCUAUCAAUGCGGCUACUGCAAAAAACCUGAUACGAACUUCAGUCAUGGUAUGUGGGCGCACUCAUUAACAGUACAUGAUUACCAAAGUUUAAUAGAUAGAGGAUGGAGGCGGAGCGGUUGUUAUUGUUAUAAACCUAUGAUGAACCAAACCUGCUGUCCACAAUAUACCAUUAAAUGCGAAGCUCUAGAUUUUAGAAUAUCAAAGUCUCAGAAAAAAAUCCUAAAGCGGAUGACUAAAUUUUUGAAGAAUGAAUUAACGAAGGAUAAUGUUGGAGGAGGUACGGCCGAAGAUAAUAUAGACAUAAGCAACGAAGAAGCAUUAAAUUAUUCUAAGCAUCUGAAGAGAGCGCAGAAAAACGAAUCUCAGAUUAAUGUUUCGUCUGUUGAUGAUGAAGUCGAUGAAAGAUUGUCUAUCAAUCUAAUGAAAACAAAAACUCAAGAGAAUUCUAUCAAUCAAUUUGUAUCAAAUAGCAGUCAAGCACAGCUAACAAAUGCCAAUAGCAAAAAUAACCUGCACGUUAGAAAUGAAAUCGUCGAUAUAGUACCUUGCAAAAAGGCGAAGCUCUUACGCAUAGAGCGUAAAAAAAAUAAAUUGCUGGCUCAAGGUAAAUCUCAGAGCGAAAUUGAAAGUAUCAUGAGAGAAAGGAAGCAACAGAAUUUCAUUAAAACUGUGGAGGAAUUAUUCGAGGAAGUGUACACUGGAUUGAAAAAGUUGGAGUUGAGACUGGUUCGGACUGCACCGAUGAGUUCCGAAUAUCGAAAGACUUCGAAAGAAUCUUAUGAGCUUUAUAAAAAGUAUCAGAAUACAAUACACGGAGUACCGCCUGAGAAGCUCACAGAGCAACGUUACACGAGAUUUCUCGUGAAGUCGCCUCUGCAGAUGAAAUUGGUGAGAGUAAUGUCGGACGAAUUCCUGAACACUCUCGAAACGAGCGCGAAUCUUUAUAAAAAAUAUCAAAUGACGAUUCAUGGCGAUACACCAGAACAAUGCGAUCAAAAGGCAUUCUACAACUUCCUUGUGAAGAGUCCCUUGCAGCAAUGGAUACCCGAUAGUGGACCACCUCACGGAUACGGCUCUUUUCACGAACAAUAUUGGCUGGAUAACAAAUUGAUAGCAGUAGGAGUAAUAGACAUUCUGCCGUCGUGCAUCUCAAGCGUAUACUUUUUUUAUGAUCCUACAUACAGUCAAUUGUCUCUCGGAACUUUUAGUUCUCUUCGAGAGGUUCAUCUAACGAGACAACUCAAUAAGAUUGCAAACAAUCUGAAAUACUAUUACAUGGGCUAUUAUAUUCAUACGUGUCAGAAGAUGCGAUAUAAAGCCAGAAUGCAGCCAUCGAAACUUCUAUGCCCUGAGACAUACGUGUGGUGCGACAUCGAACCUUGCCUAGCCAAAUUAGACAACGAAAAGUACAGUCGUUUGAAUGAUGAGAUCAACGCCAUCGAUGAAAAUGGUGUAGUCAACGUUGAAGAGGUAUUGAUAUUGUACAAGAAUAUUGCGAUGCCGUAUAAAAAAUAUAAAACAUUGCGGAAAACGCAUGAAGAAAAACGUGAGGUGGAGGAAUAUGCCAAAUUCGUUGGGAUGCCAUGUGCACGAAGAAUGCUGUUCUUUCGUUAUUCUAGAGAGUGAUUAUUUAAAACGAAUAGUAUUAUAUCUCAAGGAAGGACUUAUUAUAUUGAAGGACGGUAUUACAUCGUGGAAUGACUUUGGUGGCUACUUCAGAAGUUAACUGUUGGCCGAUAUUCAUGUACAAAGAAAUGAUCGAAUUCGUUAUUCUUAGAAGAUUAUUGAUUGUGUUGUGGCGUAACGAUCUGUGAUGCAAGCGCUUGAAUACUAUAAUCAGAUAAUGUAAAAAGCGCAGAAUAAAUGUGCAUUACUUCUUCAC